AUGGCGGCCGAAGGGAAGCGACGUCGACCAGAAGAAGGAUUUUAUAAAGUUGUAGAAGAUGGAGUGCCCUUAGAACGCGCUAAAAAAGUCCAGAAGGAUAUUGGAAAAGUAGAGAAGAAAAUGUUUUAUCCCAUUGAGGUUAGUACGUGUUAUUUAUGUUGCGCUUUUCAUAUGCAAAUUAAGUCUGUAAUGUGAGUAUGUAUAAAAUAUUUGCAUGAAGCGUAUUAUUUAAGUUCAUAAAUUUCUAUUGAUUUUAGAUUGUUUCGCGGGACAAAAGCGGGAAUAAAGUGAAAGUUCACUAUGUAGGAUACCCAGAGACUGACGAUGAAUGGAGAUCGUGCGAAGAACUGGUGGCUGAGGGGGCACUUGGACGUGUUUUACAGAGUUUUAUUCCAACAGGCGAAUCUUUAGAAGACCGAGCAGCGUUGUUUUGCGACCGCUUAAGUAGGAAAAUUAAAUUGUCGUUAUUUUCUACCAAGCGAGAAUCUCCAGAAGUCAGGAUUGAGCAAGAAAUUGAAGCAGACAUUUUCAAUCAUUGGUUUAAGAAUAUCGGUGUCGUGAAAGAUAUUAGAGGCCGCCAUGUGCAUUGUAUAGAUUCUCCAGUGGAUCCAGAGUUAACCAAAUUGUUCGGCAAUAAAUGGUCAGAAAGGAUUUUAAAUGCGAAUGGUGACUUUUGCUAUGUUAUAAAGGGGACAAUUCAGUUUUGGACUCACAAGAAGUCCUUCAUCAAAGAAUUUGUUGACAUUGGUGGGACUUUGUUUGAGAAGCAGAUAGAAAAUGAAUUGGUUCUUGUAUUUACUUUUGUCAGAGGGGAUGGGGUCAGAAGUGCGUAUAGAAAUGGACAGUGGAAAUAUUAA